AUGGCUGGGUACACUGCUGCUGGUGUUGGUUCGUUUACUAGAUCUGUGAGUAGACAGCCAUAUGAAGGAGGUAAGGGAACUAUUUUUUUACAAGUUUGUCUGUAAAAUUUAGUUAAAGAGGUUUUUUUGGUUAGAUUGACUAGCAAAUGCUAUGAUUAUUAAAAUUUUUGCUUUUUGGUGUUUGAAGCAAAAAAAGAACACUUUGAUAUGAACAUAAUUAUACAUAUACAUAGCACACAUUCUUUUAGCUUGGAUACAUGAAGUAUUCCAAUGAGACCACUGACAUGAAAUAUUACAUUUGACUUUUUCCAGCUCCUACAGUUCCUCGGAAUUUAAAGUUGACGGUCGAAUCACCCACAGUUAUUAAAGCAUCGUGGACUGCGUCUUCGAAGCUUAAUGGUGUCUUCAAACGUAACGUGGUGAGGCAUGGUCUAUCAAAAGAUAGUAUGAAUACCCAGGUGUAUCCCACAACCACAGAGCACUCACUGACCCUACUGGAUAAGUUCUCUACUUACUAUGUUCAAGUCCAUGCCGAAACGGCUGUUUCCGGGCCUGCCUCAAGAAUUCUUUCGCGAAAGACAAAAGAAGAUGGUUAGUGCAGUUAUAGGUUUUUGUUUUUGUUGUUGUUGUUGUUGUUGUUGUUGUUGUUGUUGAUUUUGGUUUUGGUUUUGGUUUUCGUUCGUCAAUGUCUGCAGGAGGCAGCCACAUACAGCACCAAUUAAAUAACUUAAAUGUACCACGCGACACAUUCAAUUUUUGCAUCACUUCGUGUCACAGGUGUUUAUUAUUUUUGGUUAACGAAUGUUGUCUCCUCGGAUGUAUUGAAUUUAAAUAAAUUCAGUAGAUGUUUAAAACCAAAGCAUGAGCACAAAUAGAAGAUAAUGAGUUUAUGAACAUUAGCUAUUUGCCUUUGAGAAUGGUGACAUAUUAACAAUAAGUCAUGCUUAAUAUCGCUUAUCAAUUGUCUUAAAUAUAACAUUCAUAUCUAAGUUUAAUGAAGAUGUUAGCUGACACAGAUUCACUAAUUCUGACUUGCAACUACAGUUCCCAGUUCCGCUCCAUUCAUUGACAAACAAGAAACAAAGGCCGAGGAUGCGCACACCAUAAGAGUCAAGUGGAAUGAAAUUAAAAAGGAGGAUCAAAACGGCCUCAUACAGGGAUAUGAGGUUUUAUACAAAGAAAAAGGACCAGAAAAAGUGUUUAGUUUUAAUGCAACAAAUACAAACACACUAAUCACGCACUUGAAGCCAAAUACGUUCUACUGCAUCCAAGUUAGAGGGUUUACAAAUGUUGGAAAGUCACCACUGAGCCGCUGCUUCAAUGUCAGGACACUGUAUAAUAGUAUGUCGUCAUUGAAUUUAGUUUGAUUCAUUAUCAUGCUUGAAUUAAGGAAAUGUGAUUUGAGACGUUUCUUGGUCGGGAAAAGAAAAAAAAGGGCAACAAUAGAAAAAAAUAGUUAUAUCACUGAAUGAGACUUUGAUCGGUUUAAACCACACUAAAUUUCUGAAGAAGGGUAGUUUUCUCGAGGUGUGAGUUGCACAUCAAACUCUCUAAUCAAAAAUAGCCUAAAAUCUGCUGGGUUUUUUGUUUUUGUUGUUGUCUCACUUUAUUUUGUUUGCUUGCCUGUUUGUUUUUUUCUUUUUUCUUCAUUGUGUCUUUUUUCUUCAUCGUGUCUAUUUAAGCCACUGAAUAAUAAGUUCCGUACUAUGGCUAUUUUGAAUAAUUUGAGGCAGUUCAAACUGUUCUCUGAAAAUAUUUAACCUCUCAAACUUAUUCAAAUAUUAUACUGUUACUUAUUUUAAAAGGUCCAAGCCAUCCGCUCAAUGUUAAAGUUCAGGCCGUCUCCUCUAUUUCUAUUCUUGUAAAGUGGGAAGAACCAGCUCAUCCUAAUGGAGACAUAAAAGAGUAUAUAAUAUUUUACGGUACCAGUAAGGAUAUACAGAGUAAUGUGCGAAAAGUGACUGGAAGAAGGAAGGAAAGUCUUAUAGACAGCUUGAAAAAAUAUACCACCUACUAUGUGAAAGUCACGAGUAGUACAAAGAAACCCGGAAAUACUUCCAAAACAUUCAAUGUUACAACUUUCGAAGAUAGUAAGUAAAUACUAGUGAUUCAAGGUUUUCAAUCGUUACUUGUAUUCCGGGAAACAUCUAUUCAACUAUGUACUAGAUUUUUUCAUGUUCUAGAGCGUCGGACGGCCGAGCGGGAGAUCGAGGGUUCAAGUCCCAGACUUUUACUUACUGUAGGAAAUAAUUGGAAAUAAUUCGUUUUGAAUUAAAAGAAAGAAGAUGCAGCGACUACCGGCAUGGUCAAUUGUAGUAAUGAAUUAUGAUCAAUUAUAUUAUUGAUUCCAUCAUAAUUUUGAAGUGGUUAAUGACAAUGAAUUCUGGAAAACAGUUAAUGGUUCAUGAAAAGCUCAUCAGUCGCCUGUGAUUCGUGAUUUCCAUGCUUUUUUCGUUCUCUUAUAUCUUCUUACUAUCGUAUUCUGUACACUAAAAAAAUUGUAGAGUGAGAACUCCGUCGCAUAACUAACUGAUUGCAUGGUCAUUUGUUUGAUUGAUUGAUUAAAUAUUUUCGUUUCUUCUAAUCAUUAAUUUAAUUUAUUCUUUUUGCAUCCUAGGUCCUGUACCGCCAAAGGAGUUUAGGGCUCAAAUCAUAACAGCUAAUGAUGUUCAUCUUACAUGGAAGGAGCCUGAUAAUUCUAAUGGAAUUGUAAAGUUCUAUUUCAUUAAGAUCUAUAAUACUAAAACCGGUCUACAGGUCGGAAACGUACGCAACCAGAGCGCUGACAAGGAGUCAGACAUGCAGCAACACAGUAGACCGAUACCAGGUCUCGAGUACUAUACGAAUUACACGUACACAAUCCAGGCCGCCACAAUUAAACCUGGGGAAAUGGCUUACGCCACAGCAAGAACAGAGGAAGGAGGUAUAGUCCUUACCUUUUCAUAUGUAUAA